UCGUCUGCGACCUACAGGCCAACAAUAGAGAUUUAAAAUAAACGGCAAGCAAUCCUAUUUUAAUCGGAGCUCGCAUGACGCUCUUGGGCAAGGACGCUGACCCGGCCGAGGUGACGGUCCAUGCGACGGGCCUCUCUUCGUCCCCGCCAAAAGCGCUGGCCGAACGACAGCAGCACGUGAGCGUCGGUCAAAUGCUCCAGCGCCAACACCGCGACUCGUUCAGCGACUCGGAGCCCGUUGCGGCAGUAGCAUCCAGCGGCACCGUCGCCGACAUCAAGAAGGCAGAGCCGGCACCAACACCCGUCAUCACGCCCUCCGUCGUCCCCAAGCUCACGGACCACGUCCGCAACUUUCGUCAAGUGCUCCAGGAGCUGGUCGCGCAAGGGGCCAUUGUCACCACCAACAAGGCGCUGUACACGCAGCAAGGCAACUUGGCGUUCUACACGCGGAAAAACGUCACUCGGCGUCUGCAGCUGCGCGGACACCCGGAGCUCAUUCGGCUCAGUAAGCUGUUUUGGGCGACCGUGGUGCCGUCGAUGGUCGAGACUAUGGACUUUCACCGCUACGAGCAAAUUUUUCUCCGGAUCCACAAAGUGCUUGCCAAGAUCUACCGCGUCGAAGCCGGUGCCAUCAACCUCGAGGACGACUGGCGACGCGACACGAACGGCAAUUGUCGAGGCUUGAGCUACGAGCUCUUCCACGCGGCGUUGUUUGAAACCAUCGAUAUUUGGUGCAACUCGGUCAAGGUCCAAGAUUACAUCAAUCUAUUGGCGUCGCUUCUCGAUGGUAUCACGCGCCUGAACAAGGAAGACAGCGCCUUUCUCAAAUCCCUUCGAGACAUUCGUGCACUCGAUUCAAAAGCUCGGCCGCUCUCAGCGCCGUCGGCGCGAGCCAAAUCCACGUCGCCGAUCAAACCGAUUGCUGAAGAGGCACCGUUUCUGAAGAAAAUCAAGCCCGAAAAAAAUCCACCCCCCAGUGCCCCCCGACGGCCGUCCAAGUCGCCCACCAAGCCACCGACGUCGAAUCACGUACCCACAACCGCAAAAACAACAGCGCAGUUAUCACCGACCCGCCUCGGGCUCGUCAAUGCAGCGACGCAAACGAGUUUGACGUCUCUUCACGCGCAAGUCCCGUCACCUCCAGUCUCCGAGUCGUCCGAUGAAACAACGACGCGUCUACCAACGACAACAACGACAACAGCGUCCAGCUCGUCCAAGACACCUAGUCCAACGAGAAGUAGCCCUUCCAAGCCAACGAGUCGACCAAAGACCAGCCCAUCGCGACCAGCAAGUCCACCUAAAAGCAGUGGUUCCACGACUGCAUCACCGAGUCCAUCCAAAGCGACGCUUGACGCUGGCGGUGACCGACAGCAAAUGGUGCCGAGCCCCCCGAAGCCAGACCGACCGCGUCCCAAAUCGUCCCCACUCAAGCGCAGUACGCCAUGGACGCCUCCACAGGGCUACAACAGCAGCAUCGUAUACGUCGACAUCAAUGGCCACGCGAUACCACCCAUCAACUUUGAGUUUGACGUGGAAAAUCCGCCGCUGCCGCGCCCGCACUCGCCAAUGCGAACACGGCCAGCAUUUCGCCUCGGACUCUCGACGCCGCGACUGCCCGAAACCAUCGAGAUGGACGUCGAAGGUCACUGCGUGAAGACGACGAGUGCGGAUGCGCCACGCGGCGUCGCCACGUGGCAGUACGAAGAAAAACAAACGUGGAGCGGCUGCCCGAGUGCACGUCGUCGCCGCUCAAAGGAGCGAUUUUGUUUUCUCCCUCCACGUACCCGAUCGAGCACCGCUGGGUCAAGCGCAGCCAGGCCCGCGCCUUGCACGAGCUCAAAAAGACGCACGAUGACGCGCCGCUGUACGACUACUUUCACACGUCGCCACCCCACGAAGACGAGCGUGUGGCGCGAGAGCUGGACCACUAGUUAAAUUCGUUGUUCUUGCAUUCGACGAAGGGUGCGAAUAUGAUUUGGAUUUCUCCACAAACAAGCAAAGACGUCGCUGCUAAUAGUCGUUUCCACAUCGCCA